AUGAAACUUUGCAGUUUUCUUAUGAACAUGAUAAAUGAGAGGGUUCAAGUUGAACUGAAAGAUGGAACCGUGAUUAUAGGUGACAUAAUAUCAGUGGCACCUUCGAUGAAUAUGAAUCUCAAAAACGUUCGGAUGACAUUGAAGGAUCGAAAUCCGAAAGAACUCGAGUUUGUUAAUAUAAGAGGAAAUCAAGUGAGAUUGGUAAUUCUACCAGACGAACUUGAUGUUGACCGUGUUUUGGCAAAAUCAAUCAGUCAGCCAAAGGUUAAUCCGUCAACGGAACGUCCAUCAGCGGUGAAGGAAAGGAAUACAACUAAAUCUAGAAGAGGUCAGCACUCAUUUUAA